CUCUUCGAAGGUUCUUUCUUUGCCUUUCAUUUCCAUGCAUGGAAGUGACCUUUGGACAUGUCGUUGAUGUUGUCAUUAUCAAGGUUGUCGUUGUGCUUGCAUCGUCAUAGUAUUUGUCUCGUCACGUCGUCCUCUUAUCAACCACGGUCACGAUGGCCCUUUUUCCUGGGCAGUGUUUCGUGACUCCGCCUCCUGUAUGCUGCGCCUGCUGCUAUUGGUCGAGCUGCUCGGACCGGCGCGCUGCGGCCCCGCCCACCACAAUGGCAUUCUCUGCAACGCGCUCAAGUCGGCUGUCAAUCAAAUGGACGUCAUCAGAAAGACGGCGCGACGGCUGCAACCCGUGCGUGCUCUUCGACCUCCCGCUGUUGGUGCGGCAGUCCCGGUGGCAACUUUUGCAUUUGCCUUUCAGUACGACGAGGAGGCGGCGGAGGCGGACGACUUUCUGGACACUCGACUCCAAAGUCUUCCCGUCAUAGCAACGACCGCUGCCCACUUGCGCACGUGGAAGGCCAACGAAUCGCUGUCGAGGCUGUACGCCAACGCGCUGGCCUUCCGCGCGCACGCCGAAUGGCUGAAGGCGGCCGCCGAGAACGUCAGCUUGCCCUCCGAGGCCGCGGGGGUCGCCGCUGUUCACCUGCUACGCCUGGCCAACCUUGUCAGGACGGCGCUGAUCCAGAUGGAGGUGGCGUUGCCACCGCCACCGCCGCGGCCCUCGCUUCCAGCGGUGCUGACAGCCUUCGAGGCUCUGCGCUACUCGGCCGAGAUGUCUCGCCGCUUGGGCGUCUUCUGUGGCUUCUCCAAGCGCCUCGUACGGCAUCUGCGCAGGGUGGCUGCCUGCCCCUCUAGAAGAUGAAGGCCAGCGCGUGGGGUAGCUCGCCUUGGAGUUGCGAUGGACGAGAUUGCGCGACGGACUGGUUGCCGGUGCGCCGCUUGGCCACAGAUCACGACGGCCUUUCUGACGUCUACUUUCCCCCGAGCUGAGCCGGGAUGAGUUCAGGAUGGGACGGAGACCAAUCACAUAGACAAGGCGUGCGUAGACAAGAGAGCGGUUGCCAGUGGAUGUCAUGCCAGAAGUGGACACGGGCACUUGACAAGGGAGUCACUUGGCCGCGGCGUGACAGCAAGCGGCAAGAAGCGCGUGCCUUGCGCGAGACUCGGGCCGCUGACACGACACAAACUAAAGGACACAUGUUGCUCUUU